GGAAUUAUUGGUCCAUUGGUACAAAAAAAAGUACUUUAUUAACCAGAAAUUAUUUAAAGCAUUUAAAAUUAGUAUUGGAUAUAGAUUUAUUUAUUUAUAAAUAAAUAUAUAUAGAUAUCAUUUGAAAAAUGCGUUUGACGGCUUUUCUGAUGCAUUACAAACACAAAAAACCUCAUGGGAUAAAAUACAGAGGAAAAAACCGCGUCGUACCGCAAGUUCGUUUUGAACAUCUAUUGAAAUUUCGCCAUGAUUAUGAACGUGAUGAAGAGAACAUGUUAAUUUUACGUCAUCCUUAUCUAACGAGUGCACAAUCACAUAAUCAUAUGAAGGAAAUUAAACCGCCAAUUAAUAUGAGCGACGUUCAUAAUAAAGUGAGAAAUGAAUUAUUCCAAAAACACUUCAGUUGGGUUGAUCAACUGGCUCAUUUGCGUGUCAGAGAUUCUUGGGAAUAAUUUAGAUUAUAAAAACUACCUUGGAUCUAUGUAGAUUAUUAUUGAAUUUUUCAAAGACUACUGUAUGAUUUAUUAAAUUUGCACCAUUAUUUCCUCAAUAAAUAAUUUAAAUUUUAUUUAA